UGUUUAUUUAUGUUUUGUAAUAUGACGUUUAGAUUACUAUAUGAUUAAAGUAUUUUAUAACUGAAGUCAUUUAACGUCAAAAAGGAUCUAUUUGCAAGGAACAUUAAAAUACCUAACCUAACAUUAAAUUAACCAUUGAAGAUGGCAAGGAUGACAACUGAGACUCGUGCAAUCUUGUAUGGAUUUUGGUUAUCAUCAUGUUCUUGGCGGGUUCGUGCUGCCUUACACCUUAAAGGUAUUUCUUAUGUAGAACGAUCAGUGGACAUCGUCAACAAACUUUCACAACUGACUGAUGAGUACCGUGUCAUUAACCCCUCGCAGAAGGUUCCCGCUUUAAUUAUUGAUGGUGCAACAUUAAUUGAGUCGAUGGCUAUACUUCAAUAUCUAGAAGACACUCGUCCUAAGCCUAGCCUCAUGCCAAGAACGCCUAUAUUAAGAGCGCGUAUGAGAGAAAUUUGUGAGACUGUUGUCUCUGGCAUUCAGCCGCUACAGAAUGUAGGUUUGUUAAGCCAUUUCGAUUCUACGGAUCAAUACAAAAACUUCACUAAGUAUUGGACAGAACGCGGACUGUAUAUACUUGAGGAUCUGCUGCAGAAAUCAUCAGGUCAAUUCUGUAUCGAGAACCAGCUAAGCAUGGCUGAUCUGUGUCUGGUGCCUCAGAUGUACAAUGCUGUUACAAGACACAAGUUGAGCUUGGAUAAGUUCCCAACAAUUUCGAAAGUUUACGAGGCACUUUUGAGAGAAAAAACUUUCAGUGAGACGCACCCGGAGAACAUCAAACCGAAAAAUAUGUAAUAAACUUUUACUAAGAAAAGUA